CCUUGAGGCUCGUGAUGUAGUUGCGCUGUGAUUGGAAGCGGAGAACCGUCGACCAGCAACCCCUCUGUCUCUCAUUGGCGAAGGACUAUCUUUCGGCUCUGGCUCUCGCGGGGCUGCUGUACGAAGAUGGCGGCCGAACUGGUGGAAGCGAUGAACAUGGUGAAGAAUUUUCGGGUGUCUGACCUGCAGACGCUGCUGGCCUCCAUGGGCCGCAGUAAAAGUGGUCUGAAGCAGGACCUGGUGGGACGGGCGCUGAGGCUGGUGCAAACAGAGUGCAGCCCAGAGCUGCUGAAGAACGUGCGGCAGCUCUAUGAGUCACGCUUCCCCAAGGCGUCGGGUUGGCUGGCUGCCCGGCGCCCGGAGGGGGUCUCUGUGGCCUAUUCCUCCCUCAGCUCCUCGCCCACUGGCACACAGGGCACAGACUACCUCAACGGCAUCCCCAAGCUGUCCUCCACACCAGCAGCUGAGGUCAAGCUGGUGUCACUGCCCUUUUACCAAACUCUGGAGAAGCUGUUGCUGCCAACGGAGCUGAUUGCCCAGAACAGUGAGAAACUGCAGGACAGUCAAUGUGUAUUUGAGUUAACACAGAGCCAAGCGGACCAAGUCAGAAACUCAACUGAGCUUCGGCCAGGAAUGAAGGCAAUCCAGGUGGUUCUUAGAAUCUGUUACACAGACUCCAUCGGUGUCCAGGAAGAUCAGUACCCUCCCAAUAUUGCUGUCAAAGUCAACCAGUCUUACUGUCAUGUACCGGGUUACUACCCUUCUAAUAAGCCAGGUGUGGAGCCGCGUCGGCCCUGUCGCCCAGUCAACAUCACACCUUGGUUACAACUCUCCACUGCCACCAACCGGGUCACUGUCACAUGGGGCAACUUCGGCAAGCGCUACUCUGUGGCAGUGGAUUUAGUGAGGGUCUUCACAUCAGCAGAGCUCUUCGGCCAACUCAAACACUGCUCAGUGGAGAGUGCAGAACGCUGUCGUGAACGCAUCCAGGACAAGCUACGCUUUGAUCCAGAGAGCGAGAUCGCUACCACAGGGCUACGGGUGUCCCUCAUCUGUCCUCUGGUGAAGAUGCGGAUAGGUGUUCCAUGUCGGGUGAUCACCUGUGCCCACCUGCAGUGUUUUGACGCGAUCUUCUUCCUGCAAAUGAAUGAGAAGAAGCCCACGUGGACCUGCCCUGUGUGUGACAAGCAGGCUCCCUUUGAGCUGCUCACCAUCGAUGGGCUGGCAUCUGAGAUCUUAAAAGAGACCCAUGAGGAUAUUGAGGAGAUUGAAUAUCUGACUGACGGUUCUUGGAGACCCAUCCGAGAUGAGAAGGAGAAGGAGAGGGAACGCAGCAACACGCCUGACUACCCUGUUCUGGAUAUAUGUGUUCCUGAGUUAAAUGGCCACUCCCCGGCCCACAGUAGCACCAGCCAGACGGGGAAGUCAGGAGCUGGGUCCACGGCGGGGGGGGCGGGAGGAGGAGUGGUGGUUGAUCUGACUCUAGACUCUGAGGAGGAGGGGGGAGGGGCUGGAGGAGACAGCGACGACACUGAGGACAGCCAGGACAGCCCCGCCCCCAAGAGGGGCCGAUACGACUAUGACAAGGACCUGGUCACAGCGUACUGACUGGCGGACUGACCCCACAGACUGGGAGAGAGGGUUGGGCUAAGUUGGAGGACUGGAAAUCAUUAGUCCCUACUACAUCACCCGCCCCCACUACUCUAGCAUAUAUUCACACAGACACAUGCACAUAUAUGCACUGUCAACCUCUGGAGUGGUUAGGCUUCCUCAAUACACCACUGGAAAAAGCAGCUCUCUGACACUUGUGACCCUCCCCCUCCCAGCAUUCAAAUUCUGUAUCCUCCAUCAUAAAGACCAUUGAAAAGAGUAACCUCCUGAACUAUUUAUCCCCUCCAUCUUCUUGUACUUUGUAUUUGACUUGAACUUAAGGCUCUCAAAGCCACAAGCAUUUGGUGUUUGCGUCUCAGAAUUUCGUCACUUUUUGUGAUCGCAGGCAGUGGGAGAUAUGGAGCCUCCUCCGUAGUUCAGUGGUAAGAGGUCAAAAUAACUUAAAUGAAUCAUUUGGGACACGAACAACAGACUAGAUUUUUCUGGAAUAUGAUUAAAUUGAACAGCACCCAUACUUUUUCUUUCUGUUUAAUUUAUUCAGAGAAUGAAAAUAAAUUAGCUCUAACAAAACCUUUCCCCAUUUUUAUUGUCUUUAAAUGCUGACAACCUACCUCAGUCAUACACAGCAAACUUACUUGACCAGAGAGAGUAGUACCUGAACUAAGGUUGCUAUAGUAUUUAACAAGAGGGUCUAUUUUUAUUUAUUUUAUUUUUUUCACUCACCCGCCUCACUUUUCCAAACCAUUUAUAUAUGGCCUUUCUAAGGAAUGGGUUAUUGGAAUCAGGGUCGUGUUUAUUAGGGCACAUGUUGCAAAACAAAUUUUUAUGGUUUGUAACAGAAAAUGAGCAUUUCUUAUUGGACAAGUACAGUUGGUACCUCCCUAUUUAACUCCAUUAGAGCAUUUUUGUUCCAAUUUGUGCCUACUGAAUACGACCCAGGAAUGCUGUGUCUUUGACAAGUUCUUGUAUAUACCCCUCACUGCAUUGAAAUCUACGAUUUGAUUUGGUGGCUGAAUUCAUAUGACAAGCAAUUGUCUUUGUGGAGAGUUUGCAAAAACAAGCAGUUAUCAUUUGAUGUUUUGGAACAUGCUCUUUUCAGAUUCUUCCUAGUGUUCUGUUUUGCCAGUGUUGUUCAUAUUGAUCAAGGAAACAAAUGCAGGAUGUAUUCUUUUCACUUGCCUAUUUCAUGUCAGUUUUCCACAGUUGGAUAGUCUAGAGACUGACUACUGCUGCAUUCAACCUUCCCCUGAUAUCCUGAGAGCUUUGCAGGGUUUUGAACUGGACUCGUUUUUUUCUUUCUGUUUUUUUUUUAUUGAACAAGGCUCUAACUAAAGAAUGAUCAUGUCACAAAUAUUACCAUCCACACAAUUGGUCAAGAUCAUGUUGAGGCAAUUGUACCAAACAGAUUUGGGUCAGUUAUCUCUUGUUGUUAGGUCAGAUUUGGGUGCCUUUUUUGUUUUGAGUUAAGAUUGGUGGAGGCUGGAGCCCACAGUCGUUUGGCUACUUGAGCUGGUCUACACAGGAAGGCUCAGUAAGAAAAUUAAUUAACUUAUUUUUUUUCUUUUCCCUGGAGUGGAGGACUUGAGGGAUGUAUCUUCAGAUCUGGAAUGGGAUUAAUUUGUUAGUGUCGUCAUCCUUUUUGACUUAAUUUUCUUCGUCUUAAGUAUUUUAUUUAUUGAUAAUUGAUUGCUUCACGUCUUUUAUUUGAAUGGCAGUUUAUAUUAAAAUGUACAUAUGUCUCAAUGGAAAGAGUGCUUUACCAGAGCAUUUAUAUACGGCUCUGAUCUGUACACGUUUUCAGUAAGGGAUGGCAGAACCCUUACGAAGCUUGGUCUUUUUGUGGAACAGUGAAUGAUUGCAGCACAAAGCACUGCCAUUGUUAGACAGGUUCCAUUCCUUUUCCUCUGAGGAAAUUUAGCACUUCUAACCAAUGACACAUUCUGCCUCCUCCCAGUUCAAAGAUAUUACCCUCAGAAAUCAGCAUUUAUUAUCACAUAGAUCCUAGAUGAAUGUCCUUUACAUCCGUAAUAGCUUCUUCAGAGGAGCUUUUUUCCACAGGCACAGUUAAAAUUGUAAUAAACAGUUCAUCUUUUGAUGUUGUUGAGAGAAUUUGGCUACAUGGAUGGUAUUAGUUUAAAUAUCCUCUCACUUUUAUUUACUUUCCAGGUCAUUAGAUUCCUCACCCCUCAUUCAGAACUGUAGAGAUGGCAUUUCUGUUUUUAUAGAACUGUGUGUUCUGAAUUCCAAACAUGUCUCAAAUGGUAUUGAUGAUGCAUGCAUUUGACUAGCAUAUUGAUGUUUUGUGAUCAUCCUGAAUUCAGACUUGCGUAGACAUUUUGUCCAAAGUGUAGUAGUAUACCUAAUCUAAUGAGAUGGUAACGAGCUGAGGAAACUUAUGGGCUCUGGUCUUUUAUGUUAACCUGGUCUUCCAAUAUUCUGCAGUACUCAUGACAUGUCCAUAUAGCUUGCGGAUUGUUAUACCGAUUGGUGAGUCCUGUAAACAUGGGAAACCCGCAAUGAUUGAUGGCACUUUCUGUAAAAGAAAGUCAAACCGUAGCCGUGUCCCUGAAUAUGACAGUCGUUGUACAACUUAAUGCAUUUAAGCAACAUGUUAAUACAUCUUGCAGAAUUUAAUCUUCAACUAACAUAAAUUACUUUACAGAUUUAAAUCACAUUGUUUAAAUUUAAAGGUGCAAAAGUGUAGAAGAACAUCGCUGCACAGAUGAGAUUUCCUCAAGCUUUUUCAUAUCGUGGGCAAGGUGAGAGGUGAAGUACAUGUUGUUUCUAAGGAACUCAAUUAUAAUAAUGCUUAAGGUAGCAUGAGCAGUGGCUUGCAAUCUAUGAUGUAAAUGUUUUGUUUGUCUUUUUAUAUGUUCAUAUUAAAAGACAAUACAAUUAAAAUAUUUUAUUAAGCUUUGAAUUGCCUCCAGUUGUUCCAAAAGUCCAAUAAAAUCACAAAUACCAGUGUUGGAACUGAUGCCACUUUAGGUGUAAGAGAGGUGGUUGAGGUGUAGAUUGGUGUGAUGUCCUGUACCUGACACAUUUGUCUCCUGUUCAAAAAGAACUACAAUUCUAAAAAAUCGUAUUCGAACACCUGUUAUUGAUGUGUGGAACUAAUUAAAACAUUUUAAAAUCGAA